UUUUUAGUUAGAAAUGAAAUUGAUGUCGUCGUUGAUGAAAAUAAGUUUGAAACUGUUAUAAAGUGCAUUAAAAACGGGACAUAACGCUCGUUAAUGGCAGUUGCAUGCAUUGCAUGGGUGUAAACGGACGGGCGUACAGUCGAACGGACAGCUGCGGUGUCAUCAUCUUGCUGUGCGUCGUAUUGUACGGAACGAGCUGCAAGUGUCGGAAGUUCGAAAAGGAGCAAAUUGCUACUAUGUCUCAGCGAAAACUAUCAAAAGCCACGUUACAAUUAAUGUUGCCUCUUUGGCCAAGAGAAUUCGCGAUGUAGCCUCUCCCACAGUCGAUUUCAUCGCGUUCGCGUUUAUUCCUCAUCGAUGUACCGAGAAUUAUCGGGAGCAUUUCGUGCAACAUUUUCGAAGUCAAGUCGCAUGAAAUCUCCUGUUGUUGCUGUUUUCGUAACAACAUUUGUCUAUUGUCGUGUCGUCUUCUGUCGUUAUUCUCGACGUUUUCAUUCUCGUUUAUAUCUCUGUUGUCACCGUUCUCAAGUGCCUUCUCUCUCUCUCCCUCUCUCAUACUUUUCACUAUUUCCCGAUCUGAAUCGCGCGAAAACUAUUGUAUGCAUCGAGUGACGUACUAAUGUUUUUGUCAAUCCAGAUUCCGAUAUGAGGUGGAUGAUUCAUUCCAGAAUGCAUCGCAUUUAUUAGACAUCUUGAAAUUAAACAGAUUUCCUUGUCAUCAAAACAGCAAAGUGUUCUUGUUCGAUACACAGAACAAAAAGAAAAGAUGUCCCAAUUAAGUAUUAGUACGGGAAAGAGAGGGAGGAGUGUUGCAAGCUCCUCUGCAUCUACUGUAUCAUCUUUGAGCAGCUCAACUGACCUGGCAAGCCUAUUUGAAUGUCCGGUUUGCUUUGAUUAUGUUCUUCCACCAAUUUUACAAUGUCAGAGUGGACACCUUGUUUGUAGCAAUUGCCGACCAAAGCUUAACUGCUGUCCUACCUGUAGAGGUCCAUUAGGUAAUAUUCGCAAUUUGGCUAUGGAAAAAGUGGCAGGUAAUGUAAUGUUUCCUUGCAAAUAUUCAACAAGUGGGUGCACUGUUUCUUUGGUGCAUACCGAAAAGGCAGAUCAUGAAGAUGCAUGUGAAUUCCGUCCAUACAGUUGUCCUUGCCCAGGUGCUUCUUGUAAGUGGCAAGGAUCUCUUGAGCAAGUAAUGCCGCAUCUAGUUAUGAGUCACAAAAGUAUUACAACGCUUCAAGGAGAAGAUAUUGUUUUUUUAGCAACUGAUAUUAAUCUUCCUGGUGCAGUGGACUGGGUAAUGAUGCAGUCUUGUUUUGGUCAUCACUUUAUGCUAGUACUAGAAAAACAAGAAAAAUACGAUGGACAUCAACAAUUUUUCGCAAUUGUUCAAUUGAUUGGUUCAAGGAAACAGGCAGAAAAUUUUGCUUAUAGACUAGAAUUGAAUGGGCAUAAAAGACGCUUAACAUGGGAAGCUAUGCCGCGUUCUAUUCACGAAGGCGUAUCAUCUGCAAUUUUAAAUUCAGACUGCCUUGUAUUUGAUACUUCUAUCGCGCAAUUAUUUGCCGAUAAUGGAAAUCUAGGAAUUAAUGUUACAAUUUCUAUGGCAUGAGGAAAACUGGAAAAAGCAGUGUGAAAUCAUUUAAGCGUAUCGAGCUGUCUUUAGAUCGAUAAUCCGGUCUUUGUACUGAGAGUCGCUCGUUAUGUAUAUAUAGCAUUUUUUUACGUUACCACUGAUAAAUAUUAGCAAUAUGGAUGUUAGGAAAUGUUUGGAAUGUGUUGAUGAAGCAUAGUAAUCAAACGCUCAGUUACAGGACCUCCCUUUAGAAGCUUUAAAGUGUACUUGUAUGUGAUAUUAACACUACAGUGUGAAAAUAAUAAAAACCUUUCAUUAUACUUA